AUGACGGAUCCAGCAUACGCAGCAGCCAUUGGCACUUACCCGUCUUACACUACGUAUCCGUAUGCUGCAGCAACAGGGGCAUCAGCACCCUCGGCAGCCGCAGCAGGGGCAGGAACGGCGGCAGACUACCAGUGGGGGCCAUGGGGAGCCGCUGCUGCUCGCUCGAGCUCUGCCGUCGUCGAUCCUGAGACGGAACCUGACGCGUUGCAAAGCCGCUGUCUCUUCUUCGGCCGAUUGGCGCCGGAGGCAACAGAAGAUCUUCUUCGGGGGCUCUGUGAACAGUACGGGGAUAUCAGGAAGAUUACUUGCUAUCCUGAGAAGCACAUGGCCUUUGUAGAAUUCUUCGAUAUUAGACACGCAGAAGCUGCACGGGAAGCCCUUCGCGCAACGGAUAUCGCGGGUAAAAAGGCAGACGUGCAGUACAGUGCAAUCAAGCGGCCUGAUAAGGACAGUAACAUGGGCACCCUCUACAUUCGUCCUACCAAUGGAGUCUCCGCUUCCACAACGCUCAGCGAUCCCAACAGCUUGGACGCCUACCGACGCCUCUUCUCGUCUUACGGAGACAUCAAAAAGGUGUCUGUCAACAGAAAAAGAGACUCGGAGAAAUUCGUGGAAUACCAUGACGUACGCGACGCAGCGAAGGCUCUUGAGGCUUUGAACGGCCACAACUUCAACGGAGUGACACUCCAGAUUUGCUUCGCACAGAACGCCUCGCGCACGUUCAACAGAGAGCCAACAAGCCGCCGUGUAGGGGCCCCUCGAACUCCUGAAGGCCUAAGUUACGGGCCCUAUCGGGGAGGCUACAGCCCUACUUCGCUGCGCUAUGUUUCUCCUUACACUGCACCGCCCGUCUUGGCGGGGGCCCCUACGUAUGGGCCGUACGGUGUCUGCGCUGUACAGCCAGGGGCUGCUGCGACUUACGGCUCUCCGUAUGGCUACCAGCAGCAGCAGCCGCCUGCUGCAGCGGCAGCAGCUGCACCUGCUGCUGCUGCGGCUGCCUAUCCGCCGAGUUGGCCACCGGCAGCGGCCGUGGGGGGCCCCCCCGUCGCAGUUGCGGGCUCGCCCUAUGGGGGCCCCCCAAGGGCCCACGUGCCAAUGGCGGUCUAUGGCGGCGCCCCUGGGGCCCUGCCUGGGCCGUGGAGGCCCCCACAGUGA